AUGUUUGCCAAAAUAUUUUGUAAUGGUAUGUAAUUUUCCUAUUAAUCGCUCGUGCAGAAUUUAAACCGCAAUUAAAAGUAUUAGUCAACAAUGAACCUCAGCUUCGCAACAGCCUGUUGGUCGAGUCUGGCUCGUUGGUUGAAAUUGAUUGCUCUAUACGCGGAGCAACCACACGCGGUACUGAGUCCCUCUAUCUGAGGAAACAGACACAUGGUCCAUCGCAAAUGAUGGCGGAGCUUCAAAUGACGAACUCUACCCGUAUCUCCCACAUCAUGAACGUUACACUGGACGACACCGGCAUUUACUUUUGUUGCUUCCGAAGUUUAACUUCCAUCACCAAUAUCUACGUAGUAAAGCGUAAGCACAAUUAUCCGCUUAUGUUCUGCGUUUCCAGUAAUCAAUUUUACUCACACUUUUAGUGUAUAUGUUUAAACUCGUUAUAACCAAAUUUAAGCGUUUUGACUCGAGUCUCGGCGGUGCUAAACUUCUCUUCGUUCACGUUAUCUAUAGACCUUUAUUACUUAUAAGUAAUAAAGGUCUUGACUUCACCAGGCAGGUAACGCCGCCUCGGUGAAGAAUGUUCUUGAUUUAAAUCUUAGGCCUUCUUAUGUUUAUUAAAUAAAUGUGCACAUAGACGUCCCUCUGGUCCUAUUUAAGAUAAAGGCAUUUUUCGACUCUGGCCGUCGGCGGAUUUUAACGUUUUUCCUACUAACUGAGUGCCGGUCUCGGCAAAGUUUGUAUUUUUUCGCCUUGAGCUGAUUUGUUUUUUGUUUAUAUUCCUCUUCUCACAAUGUUGCACAAUUUUUAGAACAGUCAGUUUGUUAUCUUGAAAUAUUGCCUUUUUGCAAAGAAGUAUUUUACUGACACACACUUACUGCUCAGACAUAUCAAAGCAAGUCUGGGUAACAUCGAAAACUGAAAACCCUAAUUUGAGUUGUUUUGGACAUUUGCAAAAAAAGCAUUUGUAGAAAAGUCCAGGGACGAAAUUUCGACUUUGUACUAAUGCGUUUAUACUAGUGCUUAUUUGUAAAACUUAAAUUACUUCUCACGGCAACUUGAAAUAUUCUGAUGUAGUUCUGCACAGAUGAUGGGUUCUUGGAAUUUCUUGGGGGUAGUUGGCACGUCAUUCUAUUUUCAGAAAGCUAUAGUUUUCGUUGAACCUCAUCUUUGAUUGCUGUUUCCUGUCUUAGCCAUUGUUCUCUUCGUGCGAAACGUCUCUCGAAACGUUAUCGAUGUUGUCUUGUGAGCUCCGAAGAAGGGGGCUUCGGGCUUUUAUACUGUAUCUUUAAGCCCCUUCUUCCUACAACAAAUAUUAUUGAGAAUCUAUUUGGUCAUUCCAAAACAUUUGUCUCCGGGAGUUAGUACUAUCUCUAUAAGUAUGCAAAAUCCUGUUACAGCCGGACUUAUUGCUAUGCAUACCCACUUUCUCCCACUCUUCUUAACGGGUGGUGGGACCUUUUCUAAUCUAAAACUUUACCGUGCAUAAGUUCCGGUGAUUCCAUAUAUUUUUUUCAUUUGUCUAGUGUAUCUUUUAAAAUUUGAAUGCAAUUGACAGGGCUUCUUUCACAACAAGGAGUUGCCCUUUUCUCGGGAAGGGACUUACAGUUUUUUAAAAAGCAGUAGUAGACAUUUGUGCUACUCGUUGAGCCGAUAGUUGGGGCAAUCUAUAUAGAGGUCACGACUCCCUUUGGCCAGUCGGUUGCCGUAAACUUCCUUCCGCAAAGCCGAUCAGUGUGUUCUGUAGGCUCCCCGUGUUCGCAUAGGAAAAUUGUAGAACUAUCAGCAAAUACUUGACUUAAGUCGACUCCAAGAACGUAAAUCUUCGUCGCUCGUGCCCUUUUGAUCCUAGGGAGCCGAUUUAUAAUGACUAAGAUCUGUGGUCAAAAAUAGUAAAUAAUAUUUACUUAGAUUUCACUGCUAUUUAGAAAUAUGUAAAUCUUUAGCAGGUCCGGUUGAAAGAUCCCUUUAAGACAUUUUGAUACCUUCACUUAUGCAUGACAGUUAUCUUAACAGUUUGCUUUCCAAAUCAUAUUCGAAAAACAAAGUUGUUCCCUCUCAAAAAUAGACUUUUUACUAAUUUCAGCUUUCUUAGGGCAAGUCAGAGGGCAAUUUUUUCCGACUUCAGUGCAUUUUGAGCCGAUGAACACAAUCAUCGAAAUGUUACCUAAAGCCAACCCUUGUUAGCAUGUCAGGCGUUUCGACCACAUUUUAUUAUGCACGCUGAAGAUAGCCAGUUGCCUUUGGUGUAAUAUCAGGAGAGUAUCUCUGCAGCCGAAGCAGAUCAAUGUCACAAUCAGCAAUGAAAUAAACCACUCCGAAAUGUUAUAGGUUGGUGCGCUGUUAUAAUGCAAGGUGAACUCGAUAUGACCUUUGAACACUUUUGAUGAGGGAUUUUCGGUUAGCCGUCACUGUGAUAAUUAAUUCGGGAAUAACCAAUACUCAUCUAAGAGCCUUCGUGAACUGACCAUUUCUAAACGGGAAGGUAUGCUGUUAAAAUAACUUAAAAUUUCUGGCACAUUCGGACGUAGUUUAGGAAAAUUACGUCUGACUCCUGCCUUCCUCGCCCUUUUACAAAAUGCACUUGCUCAUCUGUUCGUCAUAUACCGUAAUACCUUUUCAUAUACAAGGCAUCAGUGAAUUUUAACAAAAAUUUUAACGGCCAGUGAGAAUUAAAAUUAGCUAGUUAAUUAAUAAUUUUGCUGUGGUCGUACAGGAUUUCUACUCGGCAAAUCCAACAAUUGCAAUAAAGUUUUGACUAAUUUUUAAAACCGAAUUGUAACUUUGACUGGAGUUCCGAGUAUGGCAUAGCGCCAUUAUUAGAGCUAGGUCGUUACUCGACAUGUUUGGUCUGCUUUUCUCAUCUGGCCUGCUCUUAUAUCUACCUUCGCUGGGUCGAAUUUGGCUGACAGGUAAUGUCACUAUGGUCCUGUCGUUUCUGUCUGACUAUUUGCAUACUGUUCGUAUAUUUGGAAAUAAGAGCUGAUUGACUGCAUCGAAUGGAAUUUUUAAAAUCUAGGCUCCUGGCAAUCUUCAGCCGUUUAUCAGAAAUAAGUCUUAAUAAUGCAUUCUGAAUUCCCACUACGGCCUGCGUUACUGCAAACUCCGGUAAGGGUAUGGUUUGUAGCCGGGAUGGACCUAAUUAUAUACUGCAUUUAUUUAAGUAGGUGCCGUCCAACUAGGUUUUCCCGUGUACCACUUGGGCCUUGGCUUUGGCUUGUGUUGUAGCUAGGACCGUAGCAAGCACACGAAAUGGGGAGGACGAACAAAUAUGGAUGCAAGAGUCAGAAUGAGAAUACCCUAUAACAGGGCCUUAUUUAUCUUACAACUGGCGUACUGGGACUAAAACGAGAAAUAGAAAAGUAGUAGACAAGAUGGAAUUUAGCCAGGGGCCUAUGUUAGCAUGACAGCUUGCUCCACAUGUUUCACCGGCCUGUGUUAUUGACCUUGCAAACAGCCGCUCGAAAACCAGGCGGUGCAGGAAUCUCUAUGAAGACUUCUUAUUGUGGUCCUCAUCCCGGACGUGUUGGAUGUCAUGAGAAAGUUUUGUCUACUAUCUUCUGCAUAUCAGAGGCUGGAUAUUUUAAAGUUACUUUAUACAGGUGAAACUUUUAUAGCUCAGAAAAUUGGCUUUGGCGUACCAGUUCCAUUAGGCUUAUCCAUUGCUCCUAUACUUCACGGGUACACCUCCACGAUGCGGGACAGGAAGGUUUCCCAUGCAUGUUUAGGCCGGUAGUGCUUAGUCCAGACCAUAGACGAUAUUGUGUCUCAUCAUUGUGUGGCCCAGACAGUUUGGCCUGACACGGUCUCCUUCUUGUAAUUUUCUUUUCAGACGACUCCAAUGCGUCCGAGUCUUACAUUUUGUUUUGGCGGUGGUCUGCGUCUGAAAAAAGAUUAGUUUAUAGUUUACCACUGUUUUUUAUUAUUGAAACUACCUCUUACUUAUAUAUACAGUAGAUGUGCUAACUCAUGAAAUGUCAACUAAAAUUUCGAAAUGCGUUCUCGUUUCGAAAAGAUAAAUUAAGCAGUGUUGUAAAACUAAUCAUGAUGCAGCAUAAAUCUAUAGUGAUCCAGUUACCUCAGGGUGCCGGCUUUGAAAGAACUUAUUUUCGGCUGCAUGCAAGGUCUAUACUUUAAAAAAUGACUGGUUAAGUAGUAUGCAAUUUUCUCAUUGGUUUUCCAUGCGCUUGAAAAUUUAAUUAUAUUUCAUGGAAACAUGCAUAAAAAUAUUUAUUCUUUUAUUUAUUCGGUAGCAAAUUACGUCUUCUUUCAAUUUCAUACUCAAAAGAAGAGUAUAAUUCGGUUUUAAAAAGUUUCUAAUUGUGAUACUUUUUAACACCGUUAAAUGGCCGUUGAUGAAACGUCAUAUAUCUGCAUUUACGAAUGUGGCUUGUAAAGUUAACAAUAUUGCUCAAAUUCGCUGCUUAAUUUUAUGAACCUCAUAUGGUCUCCUCUUAACACCGUAGAAAAAUGCAUGGUUUUUCGUACACGGAAAAUAUACAACUUGUAGUUUUGAAACCCUGAAUGCAAGUGUAACAGCAGGUCGGGUUCAAAAUUAUUCGGGAAUUAAAAAAGUUUUUUAAAACCGAAUUAUACUCUUCUUUUGAGUAUGAAGUUGGAAGAAGACGUAAUUUGCUACCGAAUAAAUAAAAGAAUAAAUAUUUUUAUGCAUGUUUCCAUGAAAUAUAAUUAAAUUUUCAAGCGCAUGGAAAACCAAUGAGAAAAUUGCAUACUACUUAACCAGUCAUUUUUUAAAGUAUAGACCUUGCAUGCAGCCGAAAAUAAGUUCUUUCAAAGCCGGCACCCUGAGGUAACUGGAUCACUAUAGAUUUAUGCUGCAUCAUGAUUAGUUUUACAACACUGCUUAAUUUAUCUUUUCGAAACGAGAACGCAUUUCGAAAUUUUAGUUGACAUUUCAUAAGUUAGCACAUCUGCUGCAUGUGUAUAUAUAUAUAUAUAUAUAUAUAUAUCAGAGGGGAGACGACAGAGUCUGGGGGUAGAUUGAUACAGCACUGUUUCGGGCUUGUUUGCCUACAUUCAGCCAAUCAUAAGCCUGACCACCAGCUGGUACCGGAAACACAAACAUGCGCUCAGACGCACCUGGCGCAGCUGGUCCACCGCUGGGGUCUACCAUGUGUUAUAUAUAUAUAUAUAUAUAUAUACAUAUAUUGAUGUUUACAUCUACGGGCUUCAGUGUCUCAGUUGUGACCUUGUUUUCGUUCUGAAAUCGACGUUAUAUGCCAUGCCUUAUUUGCAAUACAUAUACCUGCAUAUUUAUCUGGAAGCCGUGCCUCUUUACAUUACGAGACUUGACUUUUCUUUUCAUUCUUUCUUACCGUCAUUUAGUUUACCUUGUUGGAGUUCCUUCUUCCUCUUCGUUUUGCAUAUUUUGUAAGAUCUUGUCCGUUACUGCGUCUUCUGAUAUAGUUUUCAGUCUGCGCUAUUUGCACGCCGCCUACCGCCUGCGACUAAUUAACAGUGACUUCUAUUUCCCUUGGAACCUGAGCUUUGAUUAUUUAGUUGAUUAUUUAUUUGUCUGGAUUUCCCUAAUUGCCGUUUUUUGUCACUUUUUCGAAUUUGUGCGCUUUCUUACCGUUUAUCUUCUGAGCGCAUUAGAAUGUCUUCGAUUCCAUUUUCUUCUCUACUUUCUCCAUCUUCUUUUCCGUACCUCUGAUGACCCCCUACGUACAAUCGCCUUUACCAUCAUCCCCGCUGGACAGGCUGCCUAUUUUACCUAUUUCUGACCCCGGGUACAAGCCAUACCUUCGCCCAACCUACCCAAUUUGAGGCUUUGAUCAACGAACGUAUCCGACUUAACCACUUUUAGUGGACUGCUAUUUUAAAUAGUAUAUGCUAUCCCUUAAUUUCGUCAGGUUUUUUCCUGGUAUAAAGUUCCGCGGUUAUUAUCCGGCAGCUCCAGAGCAUAUUCUUCUUAAGUUUUUUCGUUUAAUUUUCCUUCGGAAACUCGUUUCUGGGAAUGUUAAGGUUGAACCAUGCUUUCCCUCGCCCUCCCUCAAACAGUGGUCAAACUGGCCAAUGCCACCGUCCCUACCGAAAUAACUGAAGAGGAGAUCGACUCAAAAAUUCUGAUCCGUCGGACUUUGUGGGCACCAUCGACUUCGGUAGACGGCAUCGAUCCGAAUGACCAGUUUAUGGUUUGCAUUUGCAAAUUUGCCCCUUCGGUUCAGCUGGAAAGGGUUCUGGUGUCCUGGAAAGGUGGACUGGUGAACAACCUUGACAACGCCUCAGUCUAUGAAAGAUUCACUUGGAGGCAUUCCAGAACGAAUGAAAUCGGCUCAAAAUUGGGCCUUAGCACUCCAAGUGAGUAGCAUCUAUUAAUAUUUGUUGACAGUUUAUUGUUCAUCCCCUCCCCCAUUUACUUUUUCUGCUUUGAUUUCUCUAACAAUGCUACACGUCUUCAGCAAAAGCAUUUGUGUUAGACCGAUAAUAAGACCUAUAGCGGGAAAGAUUUAUAAGCGUCUUAUCCUCCGGACGGUUCGAGAGUCGGGAGCCCGAGAUAACGACUAGUUUGGCUGAAGAUUUGUCAAAGAUAAACCAUUUCUCAUCAGAGUAAGGUCCAUGUCUCCCCUACUAUCUUGUUAACGGUAUGAAAGCUGGAACGCGAGGUGUAUCGUUCCCUCCUCCCUCGCCGUCUUCGAUGUGGGCUUUAGCAUUCUGUUGAACGACGAUGCCAGGUUCUUUGUCAUGCGGUUCUGAAUACGUGCACAUACAAACGAGAUGUAACAUUUUUAACUUAUUUUAAAUUAAAUCUGACUUGAUCGAAACUGAUUAGACAAAGUCCACUUUGUGUUAUCUCCUCCUUUAUAGUGGAAUUUUCUUCUAAUAAUAGCCAUCGGCAUCAGUUAGGGUGUUGCUUAUCUUCUCAAGUGAAUUGUCCAUUGACUAUAGUGGCACAUGUUUUUCGGAGCUUUUAAAGCGUGGUUUGAUUAAAAUAAGUCGAAUUUUUGGUGAAAUUCGGACUUUAGGUAUGCUCAGGUUGAGACAAUGGAUUGGUCUACAUGUUAUCUUUAGACUUUGCGACAAAUCCCACAGAUUUUACUGUCUCGUUUUACUUUUAGCAUUUUGGAAUGUCAAUCCAAGCUCACCGUUAGAGUGGGCUAGGGCUGAUUGUAAAGUUCCUUGAAGUCUCUAUUUGGAAGCUUGUGUUUCGUUAAACGCACGAAUUUUACUUUUGAGGAGAUUUCUUUAAUAUGCCUGUAUGCAAGUUCUUAGUCUGGUGAGCGAAUUAUGAACCAUUUCGCCAACCCUGCUUUUGCAGGCGUAGGUGCUCCAUUCUUGUAAAAUGAAAAUUAAUCCGUGGAUCGAAUGUCAAGCGAAUACCACAGGAACUGUCAAAAACUUAUGACUUGGAGGACUUCAUUGGUUUUCCUCCUGUCCAACACGAUAAAGGGAUUUCGUCGUUGACUUUUCUCGUGUAAGCUGUCAAGUGUGGAUACCACGUAAGACAUUCGUUGCUGAUCUGUAUUUCGGUUUAAUCAGACUUGUUCAUAAGUGGAGCAAAAGAUGGGAUACCUAGACCAUAAUGAAGCGUGAGUUAACGCAAAGCCGGGUCUUUGGCAGUUGCCAGCCACACAAUUACUAUUAAAAGAUUCAUCUGUCUAACCACCCGACGUCUCCCCGAUUUAUCAUACAUUAUUCUUGCUCUGCAAAUUCCACGUAAAUUAGUUGCCACUCUGAUUUUGGCUAAACUAACAAACAGGGUGGUCGACGGAUCCUGCAAUUCGGCUAAGUAAAAGUCCUCCCUCAAUCGCGCGGAAUGCGGUGAAGCUUUCCAUCUAAUUGUGAUUAUUACUGUUUCUCCUGUCUUGUCGGGCGCUACGAAAGACUUAGUCGGCAAUUUUGCGUGGCGGGCUUUCUUGCCCUCCUCGUCUCACCCUCUCCUGUCUUGGCCCGAAACUGGGGCUUGAGACUAUUGUGCGCAAUGUACUCCGACUGGUUGUUUUCUUGCCUUGUUCUUUAACUAAAACACUAAAUGGCGGCUUAUAUGCAUUGAGGAUAAUGGCGAUGUUUGGGUUGAAGUGAAAGUUGGCUGGCCGACACCUGUACACGCGCAAACGCACCCAGUCAGAGCGACCAAUUGGGAUGUAUUCUCUCGCUUAGCGUCUAACUCGUUGCAAGCCACUGUAGGGGGGGGGGGGCGAUUUCAUGUCACGGCCACUUAAAGCCCCUUGGACCAACCGCACCGCUUCCGGAGCCUGGCAGCAUGCCCAUAUUGAUUGUUACACUUGGGCUGUCGCAGCAGCUAACUUGUAGGUUCUAGUGAGCUGCCUGUGUUACAGCGUACAAUGAAAGUCAUGUGACAAUGAUCGGCGUUUUCGCUUUGGUGAACAGCGUGAGAUUCGACAUAAAUCCAAGUAUUAUACAGGCAAAGGCCAAACCGAAAAUCUAUUGCUUUAUAGAGGCGACGUCCUCAGAAAUUUAUCCCCUUCAACGAUUCACAUUAAAUUUGUGUUCUCAGUAGCCCUAGACCCGUUAGCGAAAUUUAUUGAAAUGCUUGUUUUAUAGGGCUUGCAGUUUUGUUGUCUUUGGGAACGUAAACAACGCUGAGAUGUGAGAAGCGUUUCUUUUAACUUGCUUCUUACCCUUUUUGAUCAGUAAUAAUAUCCUUGUAUCUUUCGAAACGCACUUGCUGGAGCUGGACAAAAUUGCAUUAUGCCUCGUUUAACUCAAGUAAUCAAUUUUGCCAAAGGAAAUGGUGCCCGGCAGAAACUAAUGUGCCGUUUCUCCCAGUCAUUCGACAUUUACGCCUCAGUGGUUUUGGAUCUGAAGAUUUUUUUAUCCUCCAGACCUUUUUAACCUUUUCUUAUUCGUGAGUAUUCAGUAUAGACAAAAGCCUUCAACUCUGAAAAAUAAUUGUUAACCGAACACGCUAGCACUUAAAUACUGUUUCUAAAAUAUCAACGGCAUGCAUUCAACGGCCCGUAUAAAUCGACAUUUAUUGUUAUGACGCUGUUUCGUUUACUUGAGUUUGGCUGUGUUUUGAACCCAAAAAUAUCUGAGACCUCUAAACUAGGACCACCGGCUUAGCUCUGUUUCGGAUCUUGAAGAUGACGAGUCACCACGACCGUGACUUUCUAAUAACUCCUUUUCGGUCACAUUGUAGCCUAGACGAGAUCAUUGUUUGCCUUAAUGCAACUUAGUUGUUGCGACAGAUAAGUCAUAAUGUUGUCAGGUGAUUUACUCAACUGCUCACAAUAGUUAAAUUUGCCGUCAGUGUUGGGUCAUCGUCUAGUCUUCAAGUCCAGUAUUUGCUAACCGAAGUUCUAAAAUGUGCUUUUGAUUCGAAAAGGUUACUUAAGUAGUGUUGUAAUACUUAUUGUCGUGCAGCAUAAUCAUAGGAUAUUUCAGCCUCGUCGGGAUGUUGGCCUUCGUGUAAGCUUCUUUUCGGCCGUCUUUAAAUCAAUACACUUUGUAAGGAAUGACCACCUAAGCAGUGUGAAUUUUUUCCAUUGAUUAUCGAUGCCCUUAUAAAUUCAGUUAUAUUUUAUAGAAAACGUGUACAAAAAUAUUCUCUCUGGUACUCAUUUGGUAGCCAAUUACGUCGUCUUCAAAUAUUCCACUUGAAAAUGAGUAUCAUUAAGCCGUCAGAACUUUUUAAUUCCCGAAUAUUUUUGCUCCGCCUGCCGUUACACUUGCAUUCAGGGUUUCGAAACUGCAUGCUGUGCAUAUUUCGUCAGAAGAACACCGCUCAUUUCUCCACGCUUCUAGGAAGGCGUUAUAUAGCGCUCAUGGAAGUGGGCAAUGGAUAUGGACCACGUUGUAUACUGUACAAGUAACAUUAAUAAACGGGUUGAUGCGAUGCUCUAUGGGUGGACAUUUCAUGGUCUUAAAAAAUUCACAAUUGGAAACUCUUUUAAAACCGAAAGGUAUUCUUUCUUUGAGUACUGUAUUCGAAGAAGGCAUUAUUUGCUAUAAAAUGAAUGCAAGAAUAAAUAUCUUCUGUACACAUUUUCUAUAAAAUAUAAUUGAAUUUAUAAGGGUAUCGAUAGUUAAGGGAAAAAAAUCAUACUACUUAAGAAAUUAUUUUUCGUCGAUUGUGGUUAUUUUAGGUGGCCGGAAACAGGCCGACUCAAAAGAUGGCAUUCUGGGGUGGCUGAAAUAUUUUAGGAUUCUGCUAACCAAUAUUACAACCCUACUUACGCAAACUGUCCAAAUCGAGAACACAUUUCAGAAUUUAGGUUAACAUUUUAUGAGAUAGCACAUCUACUGUAAAUGAAAAGAUGCCCCUUCCCCACAAUUGUUCACACACUAAUCUUUCAAAAUAAGCGUUUUAUGCUGUUGUAAUCCAAGGCGAUUAUUUUUAUAUUUUGUGAGUAAUGUCUAUGUUUGCCGGGUGCUUAAGCCCUUAUAAGUAAUUUACUAAAGGAGAAACCUGUCUUUUUCGUAACUAUAGCGCUAUUGCAGUUUGAUUUCCAGAACUAAUUGUCUUAAAGCCUUAUCGUAUAUUGCCUGGAAGGUGUUCAUAGGCUAGGGUGAAAUAUCUUUCCACCUCCUUCUGUUCUGGAUUUUUAGUGCAUCUUUAAGCUACUCUCAGGUUCCUACUAGUUUCUCAGUCCUUCUUGAUUCUGACUCCAGUGGAACCAAAUAUUUCUCUCUCUAGAUUUCCGGUGAAUUAAUGAAACCAUCGGAAUUGGGUUUAGUUAUUACGGAAUAACUAUGUGUGCGUCUUUUAGCUAGAACACCUGCCCAGACAGAGUCCGGAGGCUCCUCGUAAAUUUCUCGAUGACUUUAGAUCAAUCUGAUAAGCAAUGCCUGUGGGUGGAUUCUGCUCAGAUCUUGUAACAGUAUAAUUUUUCAUACCAGGUCAUGUAUUUUUUAAAAAAAAACUUAAUUACCUAUCAAUUUUUGUAUUCUAAUCUCAAUGCUAAAACGCCUUUUGCGUAGCAAGUAUUUUUUAUCAUCUGAAUGACUGUGAAAAUAGCAGUUAAGGGUAAGUCCUUUUGCCUUUCCUAUCUCGAAUCGAACGGAUUUUACUUUUCUGGAGACAUUGGAUAAAAAAAUUCAAUAAGGCGUUCUAGGUCAUUAAGGCGUCUGAAAUAUUUCGUACAGUAUGCUCCAUGUGAUGCGUCUUCUAGGAUUAUGAACACUUUUCCCAAGUUUGAAUAAUUUUUUUGUUUGCAACAACGUCGAUAGCAGGUACCGGGGACUAAGAGCCUUCUCAUUUGACUUAAUUAAAAAGGAAGUUUGUGAAUUUUCGACGUACAGUAUCCUUUAUCUUCUACGAUUUCCUCCGGUGUUGGUGAAAUCUGGAAAAAAAGGAGGCUGAAUUGUUCUGUAAAUCCCCCCUGAUCUCCACUCUAUCGCUUAAUUGCCUCAGCUUUUUAACCCGCACCAGCGACCAUCAUUACAGGUGGCGCAACAUCGGAACGACCAAUAGCUGAAGACAGUUUGGUUAAUUAAAAGCCAGUUUUGAAACUCCUACUCCGCGGAGUUACCUUCAGAGCUGGAACACCGGCUGUUUAUUCGUUAGACUGUUUCACGGCUGUUGCCUACUUCAUCGUUGCUGUCACUUCUAAAAACACACCCCUGUAAGAGUUCAGAAGUUGGGGUUAGUAAGUGAGUAAUUCUCACAACGACCUGUAAUCUUCUUUCCUAACCGAAUACGUGUCGAAAACUCGAAUGUCUUCCCUUGUCGCAGUGUUUUUUUACCAGGAUGUAGCGUUCUUCUCAAAAAACUGACCUAUUUAUGUUUACAAAAAAGACCGGAGCUUUUCAUGCAAUACUUCCUAAGGAGCUUCAACUCUCCCUCCAGACAUUGUUUCGAUCACCACUUUCCAAGCGUGAACUCGGAUGACUUACAAUCUCUUCAACUAUUGUUCAUUUAUCCUCGAACGCCGAAAUUAACGGAGUUUAAGGUCCCUGUCUGCCAUUUUAUAUAAUCUCCUGGCGUCUCGACCUACCCAUCCGAUUGUUUCUUUACGUCUCAAAGAUGUGUCGCGGCGUCUAACUUUGACUUUUUUCCGGCAGCAAACGGAUAAUUAAAUUUUCCAGCUUGCGUCUGUUCUGUCUCCCCGACAAGAAAAGUUGUAAUUUACGCUUUGUUAUGAAAAAAUAAGGUCAGAAAAGUGUAAAGGUUUUGAGUUAUUUGUCAAGUAAACUUUUGCUGUUCAUCCAACUGUCGUCAUUAAAUUCUCUUGGCAUUUUGGGGAAGUAACUAAAUAUAGCUUUUUCAUGCGCGUUGUACGAAACCGCGAAAUACACUCACGUUUUGCAAAUUUAAGGAAACUUGAAAGGGUCAAGUAUGGCACUUAGAAAGGAUGCAUAUACAACUAUUACAUACACAGUGAUUAAAUAAUGCAACUUCACUUCCGUUUUUGCGAAAUCAUUUAAUGAAGGACAUACAACCAGGCUGCAUGUUUACAUAUUACAAACUUAACUUGCGCCUACUUUAUUUAACCUGUUCAGUUUAGUUCUUUUAAGAGCAAUCGGGCCCUUAUAAAGAUACAAGUAAUUUCGUAGUUAUUUUGGAGGGAAAGUCUUCCUCACAUUUAGAUGUGUAGCCGUUACUGAUGAAAUGUUAGCCGGAAUUUUUGAAUUCGUUUUCAACUAUGAAUGAUUACUUAAAUCUGCUUGUAAUAUUGGUUAUUUUGCAGCAUAAUCCCAAGAUAUUUUAGUUCCAUCAGGAUGUCGACUUUUGAAUGCUUUUCUUCUCAGCCGCCUGUAAAAACCGCAUUUGUAAAAAAAUGGCCACCUGUGCAGUGAGAAGUUCUUAGUUGGCUUUAUAUGCCCUUAUAAAUCCAAAUAUGUUUUGUGAAAAACCUUAACAAAAAUAUCUUUUCUUGCACUCAUUUGGCGGCAAAUUAUAUAUUCUUUAAAUUUUGCACUCGAUGAAGUGUACCUUUCGGUUUUAAAGAAGUUUAUGUUCAUGAGAUUUUUUAAGACCGUGGAAUGUCCACUCAGGAAGUAUCAACACUGCGCGAUUGUUAAUUAUCCUCAUGAAAUUUACAGCAUACUGUACAUCCAUUGCAAAACUUUGCAAUCAUUUUUAUAGUCUCCUCCUAGUGGCAUACGACGAAUGUAUGGUUUCCUUUCCAUAGAAGGUACACAUUUUUAUUUUCAAAACCCCAGACGCAAAUGCAUCAGCAGAUCUCGCUCAAAUUUAUUCGGGAAUUGAGAACGUUUUUAAAAUCUGCAUAUACCCUUUUGUUGAGUAUAAAGUUUGAAGAAAACGUGAAUUACUACCAAGUGAGUACAAAAGGAUGCCUUUGACUGUGUUUUCUAUAGAUGAGGUUUUGGUUUUUAAGGACAUCAAAAAUCAAUUUAAAGACCGUACUACUUGGCCACUUUUGACAAAUAUGGAUUUUGCAGUCAGGCGCAGGGAAAUUCAUUCAAACGUCGGCUUCUUGGCGUGACUAGAAUAUCUUCGGAUUAGGCCGCACAAUAAUCAAUAUUAAAAUGUAACGUAAAUAAUCCUUCCCAACGGAAAACGGAAUUCAGAAUUACAUGUGAAAUUUUAUAUUUUUUAUAGAAAAUAUUAUUUCAUUUUGUAAGUUGUUGGCAGAAGUAAAUAAUUCGCUCACUAUUUCGAUACCGCUAGGGAAAAUUUCAUCACUUUCUUAGCCGUCAUCCUUAAGCCAAGCAUAUACCCUAGUUUUUUUCUUGACGGUGAUGAACCAGAGACUUCAAAAAUAUCCUUACCGGAAAAUAUUUUUUGCCGAGUGCAAAUAGUCAUCGCGGCUAUUCUUGGAACCCUGGCCCUUUUUUCGUGCAGACAGACAACCUUAAGCCUAGUUUUUGUGGCAAGGACAUGGAAAUGUCCAUACCACCAGUCUUGCUCCCCUUAAACUUACCUUUUUAUGGUAGAAAGGAUAAAGCCAGUCAGUUAUGUUUUGCGGAAUCUUUCAAGGUUUGGACCAAGGAGCUUACGGGAAGUACCGGUGCGUUUUCGAACUCGCUGGAUCCGGCAGUAUCGGAUGGGAUGUCUUUCUUCGAGGUAAUUUGCGUUUUUUCUACCCGUAUAUUUUUUUGAUUGUUCCGGUCCCCUGCCUUCGGCUCCAUUAUUCAGGAUGGAACUCAGCCUGUCGCAAGAGUUCAGUAUGCGCUGCGAGCUGA